AUGUCACAAAACGAUGGGACUGCUGGUACCGAGUACCCUGACUACACUGAGCAUGGCCGCCAGUAUGGCUCAUUCGGACGCGGGCGUUAUCUGUUUCCCAUCGAUGAGCGCGAGAAAGACAGACUAGACAUUUUCCACAGGCUUAUUAUCACGGCAAGAGGAGGUCCUCAAGGCCCUUCUCAAGGUACUUUUUAUGAUGUACCGCUGCCUGACAGAGCCCACGUCCUUGACCUCGGGACGGGCACUGGCAUAUGGGCGAUAGACGUGGGCGAUAAGCUGUACAAGAGUGCAGAUAACCAGGGGCACGUCUUGGGGCUAGAUCUUUCACUCAUUCAGCCCAAGCUGAUCCCCACGUGUGUUAGGUUCGAGCGAGCCGAUGUUGAGGCGCCAUUGUCGGUUCCAGAACAAACCUUCGAUUUGGUUCACAUCCAGAUGAUGCUUGGUUCCAUACGAGAUUGGCCAGAUUUGUAUAGGAAGUCAUUCAGGCACAUUAGGCCCGGAGGUUACAUCGAGCAGGUGGAAAUCGAAUGGAUUCCUCGCAGCGACGACAACUCUCUGGCGACUGACUCGCCUCUCGCCGUUUGGGGUAACACCCUGCGGCACGCGAUGCAGACGUACAGACAACCCAUCGAUAUACUCGACACAACAAAAGAGCUCCGCGCCGCAGGCUUCACAGACAUCACCGAGAAGAUGAUCAGACUGCCUACGAACCCGUGGAGCCAGGACCCGUUUGAACAAGAGUUGGGCAGAUGGUUCAAUCUCGGCCUCACGCAUUGCUUGGAAGGCCUCACACUUGCGCCAUUUAUUCAGGUGGAAGGCUGGCCCAGACAGGAGGUGGACAGACUGGUGGAAGACCUCAAGAAGGAUAUUUGUCGACUCAAUGUUCAUGCAUACUGCAGAAUGUGA